GGCGUCGCGGGCCUGGAGCCUCCAAGGGUACCGGCGGAGCUCAACGCCAGGGGAGCUACUGUGGGAGCCCCGCGAUAGAGGUCAUGGCCUGUGCGCCGUGCAGAUCGAUCGUGUGCAGGCUGCAUUGGCAGGCGAGCGCCUGUUCCUGUGUGCGCUCGAGACAGUCUUCUGCCUUCUGGAUGGAACGCGCCACAGUCGCAGCCGCCUCUUCUCGCACGCUCUCGCCAUGGGCAACCAACCGUCGCGCACCCCCACGCCAGGAGGGAGCUCGAGUCACCCGCAGAGCCCGGUCGCCAGCGUGACGUCUCCCACGUCACAUGGGCCCUAUCAUGACCGCGAGCGCGCCCAGCAGCACAACCCGAAGCGCAGAGAGUCGAUCCAGGCGCUCAGCACCGUCUUCGAGCGCAAGGCAAGCGUCGCCCCGCCCUCGGCCUCGCUCGAAAGCGCUGCUGCCCUCACCGCGCCUGCCCGGCCUCGGAGCCGUUCGCAGACCGUCUCGGCUGCCACCACCACCGCCCACGUCACGAACACGCUGCGCGCCGCCCAGGACACGUUCAAGGCGGCCUCCAACGAGAAGAUGGGCAACGACCAGAGCCGCCCCCGCGGCCACCAUCCGCGCGACCUGACCCCGCCCAAGCCGAAGCCCACGCCCGCGCCCGCGCCCGCGCCCGUCGACGAGAAACCCAUGCCUUCGCCGAAAACCGCGCCCAUGCCGCUGCCCAUACCGCGCGACCAGCCGCACUCGCAUGGCAGCAGCAGGUUUGAGCCCACCUCCGCCGCCUCACUCGAGCCCGCCGACGCCUCGCAGGAGGCUUUCGUUGUCCCCUCGUCGCACUACAGCCGCCCGCCGCGCCUGCCGCUGCCCAUCGAAGAGGAGCCAGUCGGCCCGGGCUCGCCCAUUAUCUCGCCCGCAGACCCCACGAGCCUCAUAAACCAUGACGAGGUUGAGGGCGCCCUGCCGCGCCGGUCCUCCAUGCUGAGCGACCGGACUGCAGACGCAGACGACGAUGACCUGGCCGACGAGUUCAAGGGCCCGCAGGGCCAGGUGACGGUGCCGACGCUUAUUGAAUGGGACGGACCUGGUGAGCGAGUUUUUGUAACUGGAACUUUUGCAGGCUGGGAGCGGAAGUUUAAACUGCAUCCAGAUGGCCCCAGCAAGAAGAAAGAUGUCCUUUCUGCCUAUGUACAUAUCACACCCGGCACUCACCAUCUCAUGUUCAUCGUCGACAACGACAUGCGGACGUCCGACAAGAUGCCGACGGCGGUGGAUUACACAAACAUCCUUGUCAAUUAUAUUGAAGUGUCGUACGACGAUAUUCCGAAGCCGGAAGCCGACACCAAGGACGAAUCGAAGAAGUCAGAAUCCGCUCCCGUUCCCGUCCAAGAUCAACAAGCGCCCGCCGGUAUCUAUCCUCCGCAGGUACUACCAGCCACGCCCGAACAUGAGCCAGUCAAGAAGCCCUUGCCUGAACCUAAGCCAAAAGUGCCAGCUCCAGCGCCUAAACAGUACCACCAAAGCAUACCGCGCUACCUGCUCGAUUUAGAUGCCCCCGAAGACUCGCGGCGCUUCGCACGUGCAAAUGCUGCCGGCGGCGCAUUGCCGGCUCCUCCCACGCUUCCAAUGUUUCUUAGCAAGAGUAUCUUGAACGGGACGACGCCGAUGAAGGACGAUAGCAGUGUGUUGAUUAUGCCUAAUCACACGGUAUUGAAUCACCUGGCAACGAGCAGUAUCAAGGAUAACAUCCUUGCUACGAGUGCGACGACCAGGUACAAGCAGAAGUUCCUUACUACUAUCAUGUACAAACCACGGGGCGAGGACUCAGACUACUGAUCUGCUUCCCAAAAGGCAUCAACCAAGUACUGGCUCUUCACAUCAUCCAGGAACAGGAGGUCGGGCCGUAUUACAGGACGGUAAUCUCGCGUGGUCACGCACAGUGCAUGCGACGACGAAUGAACGACGCAAUGACAUGACGGGCAGGACAUGGUCUCCGGGACCGAGACCCAAGGCU